AGCUGUCCCCUGUCCCUCCCUGAGCUGUCCCCUGUCCCCCCUGAGCUGUCCCCAUCCCCAGACGUGGUGUUCCGUGUGGAUGACGGGCUGGUGCCGGCGCACAAGCCGCUGCUCAUCGCUGGCUGUGACUGGAUGAGGGCCAUGUUCCGGGGGGGCUUCCGCGAGAGCUACGCCCAAGAGGUAUCCCUGCCCGGCACCAACUGCGCCUGCCUCCGCGCCGUGCUCGACUUCCUCUACACGGGGGUCUUCACCCCCACGCCCGACCUGGACGCCAUGGAGCUGCUGAUCCUGACGGACCGGCUGUGCCUGCCGCGGCUGCAGGCGCUCACCGAGCAAUACGCCGUGGACGAGCUGCUCCGAGCCUUCAUGCAGCGCGUGGAGAUCGACGAGCAGGUCAUCAUCUACCUGGAGAUGACGCAGUUCCACAACGCCCACCAGUUGGCCGCGUGGUGCCUGCACUACAUCUGCACCAACUACAACCGCGUGUGCCGCCGCUUCCCCCGCGAGAUGAAGUUCAUGUCCCCAGAGAACCAGGCGCACUUCGAGCGGCACCGCUGGCCCCCGGUGUGGUACCUGAAGGAGGAGGAUCUGUACCUGCGCUCCAAGAAGGAGCGGGAGCGCGAGGAGCAGCUCCAGCGCAAGCAGCACCCCCGCAGCAAGUGGUGCUUCUGGCGGCCCUCGCCCCCCGUGUCCUGAGCUGGGGACGAGGGGCUGGGACCCCCCGCGUGGGGCUGGGGGGCUUGGCUGGACUGGGAGCCCCUGCGUGGGGCUGGGGGGCUCGGCCGGGCUGGGGGUCCCCGUGUUGGGCUGAGGGGCUCGAGGCUGGGACCCCCACAUGGAGCUGGGGGGGCUUGGAUGGGCUGGGGGUCCCUGUGCUGAGCUGAGGGGCUCGAGGCUGGGACCCCCACACUGGGCAGGGGAGCUCAGCUGGGCUGGGGGUCCCUGUUCUAACUGAGGGGCUUGGGGCUGGGGCUCCCGUGCUGGGCUGGGGGGC